AUCGGGGUGACGUCACGGUGCCCGCACAACAGAGAGAUGCGCACUGAGUUAUAAGACGAGGCGGUUGUUCAGUGCGGUAAAAAAAUAUAUAAGAAAAGCAAUAAGCAAUAAAGAUCCUGAGGAGUUGGACUUUCUGUUGAUAAGGGAUAUCAUUUCUCAUAAGGUGUCUCUGUUGUCUAGCAGAUGAAUUUUGAGCAGCCUCCUCCGUACCAGGCCCCUGGUUACCCCCAGCAGGGUUACCCCCCGCAGGGUUACCCCCAGCAGGGAUACCCCCAGCAGGGAUACCCUCCCCAGGGUUACCCCGUAAACAUGGAGCAACCUGGAGGAUUCCCUCCUCAAAACCCAGGCUACCCUGCUGGCCCCGGGGGACCCCCUGGACCCUACCCUGGCCAGGGACAAGCAGGCCCCUACCAGGAGGGCUACCCUGGACAGCCCCAGUUUGGAUGGCAAGGAGGACCACCCCCAGGACCCAUGUAUGGAGAGGCACCUAAAAACACAGUGUACGUGGUGGAAGAGAGAAGGAGAGAUGAUUCAGGAGACACGUGUCUGACUGCCUGUUGGACGGCUCUCUGCUGCUGCUGCUUGUGGGACAUGCUCACAUAACCUCUGACCCCUGACAUUUACCCUUAUCUGUUUUGAUCCUUACCCUUUACCUCCUAACCCUUAACCCAAAGUCCCUCUCAUCUGUAAUAGAAAACAAGUACUGGAAGCAAUAGAACACUAUGAAAAUCUGGGAAACCAGGCCUGGUAUUUAUAGCGGACUUUGAAAGGCCCUUUGAAAAAGUAGAAGUACAGUAUAUGUAAAUGCCUGGACUAUUUUAAUUUUGGAGAGUCUCUUAUGCAAUGGCUUAAAGUUAUGUAUAGUAACCCCAGGUGUCAAAUAUUAAAUAAUGGUUACUUCUCGGGAAGUAUUAAAUUGUCAAGAGGAGUAAAUCAAGGUUGUCCACUAUCGGCAUAUCUAUUUAUUAUGGCCAUCAAAAUGCUAGCUAUUCAAAUCAGAUCCAACAAUACUAUCAAGGGCCUAGAAAUCCAGGGCUUAAUAACAAAGGUGUCAUUGUACGCUGAUCAUUCAUGUUUUCUUUUAAAUACGCAAUUUGGAUCCCUGCACAGCCUCCUAGAGGAUGUAGAUCAUUUUUCUAACCUCUGGAUUAAACCAGAAUGAUGAUAAAUACACCAUAUUACAUAUUGGAUCACUAAAAAAGAGAACUUUUACAUUACCGUGUAGUUUACCAAAAAAAUGGCCUGACGAUGUAGUGGACAUACUUGGUAUACAUAUCCCAAAAUAAAUAAAUAAUCUCGCUACAAUUUAUAUUUAUAGAAAGUUAGCCAAAUUAGAUAUCAUUUUGCUACCAUGGAAAGGACAACAUCUGUUUAUUUGUGGAAGAAUUACCCUGAUUUAAUUAUUUUGUCAUUUCCCAGUUGACCUAUUUACUUACUUACGGCCCUGCCUACAACUAACGACUUUUUUAUUCAAUUACAUGAGCAAAACAAUUCCACCUUAUUUUGAAUGGCAAGCCGGAGAAAAUUAAACAGGCCUAUUUAUAUAAUGAAUAUGAAUUUGAAGGGCAGAAAUGAUUCAAUAAAAAGGACCUCUCACUACAGACUUCAGUCAUACAAACACUAUACAUAAAUCUGAACGGGUUCUCUAGCAGAUUUAAUAAAAAAAGGUUUCAAAAUGUUAUCAUCUUUGUAAAUGAUAUCAUAAAUAGGACUGGUGGAAUUAUGUAACACAUGCAGUUAACAAAAAAAUAUGGAAAUGUCUGCUCUAUCCAACAUUACAACCAACUGAUUGCAGCAUUGUGGAAAGGGGAGAAGGUAAGGAACUUGACUGUUGGCCCUGCAUUAAAGACCAAAAUUGGUUAAAGGAAAUUGUGAUGAAUAUAAAAAAGUAUACCAGUUUCAUUUAAGCACCAAAAGAAUGACAGCUGCGCCAUACAGGUUGCUAAAUAGUUGGGAGAUGUUCGAUGUUCUGAUUCUAUAGCACGUGGUUUAUGAACUGAUACACACAACGACGCCGGAUUCUAAACGUAGAGUUUUUCAAUUUCAAUUAUUAUACACAAUUCUUGCAACCAAAAUAAUGUCAUAUAUAUGGGGGAUACAACCAUCCCAGCUCUUCCGAUUUUGCUGUGAAGAGACAGAAUCAUUAGAUCACUUGUUUCGGUACUGCCCAUAUGUAGCUUGUUUUUGGUCGCAGGUUCAGGAAUGGCAGAGAAAAUGCAACAUUUACAUGGAGCUAACUCUGCAAAUAGCACUGCUGGAUAAUUUGAUAAGUCGUAGUCAAUUGAUCAAUAAUGUAAUAAUACUCUUAGCAUAAUUUUUUACAUUUAAUUUACAAUCUGUAGAAACUGAGAAUAGAAAGUUUCAGAGCUUUUGUGAAACAUCACACAGUGGAAAUAUAUAUAUGGCAGCUAAAACUCAAAACCGGAUGGUCUUCAGAGUCAGAGAUAGAUGGGAGGGGUUGAGUGUAGCUGAAGGCUGGGAUGCUAAUGUAAAAUAUAUUGUCCAUAAAUUGUAUAUAGUAUGUAGAAGCCUAAGUAUCGUUGUCCAUUAGUUUACUUAAAUUAGGGGAGUUGGGUUAGGGGAAAAUAAGAAAGUUUUUAAAAAGUCCCUCAUUUUAUCCUAACCUCUAACCCCUGAGGUUUAACCCCUAACCCUGACCUACCUGUUACACUGUCCCUCCAUCUGGCCUUACUUCCUGUUAGUCCACCUGAAUCAUUCUCUCUCCCCCUAACUAUCAGUCUUACUCCUUGCACUCCUGCUUUCCUUCCCAAACGUCCAGCCUGAACCCCUGUACCUCCUGAACAAUGGUAGCAUUAUAUGAUAACCUCUAUGUAUCUAUCCUUGUGCUCCUACACCUGACCUAACCCCUCUGUAGCAGUUUAGCUACAAUAUGUUCCCUAAAUCUCAGGCACUGUACUGUAGAUAUUGCUUCUUGUGGAACACAAAUUCAUUCUCAAACACCACACAUACAAUAUGCACUCAUAUCUCAGGCGUUCUACUGUAGAUGACACACAUACACAAACGAACACACACACACACCAUGCACUCUCUCUCUCUCUCUCCUGGGCACUUUAACAUCUUACCUCUGUAAGGUACUUCUCCUGCCUCCCUCCCUCCUCCCAAACAAACCUCUAGUCAUACCACCCCAUAUUCCCUAAACCCUCCUAACAAAUGACUCUCUACACCGUAUCUGUCAUGGCUACCUAGAUCAUUGGAUGCCAGUAAGCUACAGUGCCCCUUGCCAACCCCCUGCCCCCGCUGUACCAUGCUGAAGCUUGAACUGUCCUCUCCGUUAUGUUUGCACAACAGCUACUGUGGUUUCCUGUUUGUCUUAGGAUGAAUCCUAUGAGCUUGCAUUGAAUGCAUUUUUUAAAGACGAUGACAAUGAAUAGUUUAAUGUUUGAUUACAUCUAAUAUUGUUCAAUGCUUGCAAUGCUUUUUUCCUGUUAAUUUCUAGAUCCUGGAUGAAUAUGAUUUGAUUGCUAUGUUAUUUUUAAUAUUCUCAUUCCUUGAAGGAGAGAACAUGAAACUUAAAAAAAUUGAAUGUUUAUUAUGUAGAUGCCUUUGCCUGACAUGAGAAUCUUGCAUUAAGAAUAAAUUAUUCCCAAAACAGUCAA